AUGCUGACUUUUUUAAAUGAAGCUAUAUUGGAGUCAGCAACAGGUAGACAAGUUUUGCUCAAAUUUUUAGUGCAAAACAAUAUUGCUGUCAUACCAAAAAGUUCAAAUCCGAAAAGAAUUCAGGAGAAUAUCAAUUUGUUUGAUUUUACUUUGGAUGACGAAGAUGUUAAACUAUUGACUGGUCUGGAUAAAGGCGAACAAGGACGACGUGUUACAUUGGUUUUUAGUCAAAGCAUAAUGAAUCAUCUAGAGUAUCCUUUCCCAAGAAUACCAAGAGAUAUUUGAGCAAAAAAAAUACCUACUGUCGUUGUUUUAAAUAGUUGGUUUUCAUAUUGUUAAUAGGUUUAUCAAAUAAAGACAAUAUUAUUUUACUAUUUCAAAUAUGAA